AUGUCGCGUCGAAUAUUUCAAAAACUUCAGCGGAGCAUUUCACACGAAAUGAGCUCCUAUAGUUCGCUGAACAAAUUGAUACCGCCAAGCGAGAGUACGGUGGGUUACACAAAAAUCACGUCAGCAAUUUUUGAUCUACAAAAUUUGCGUCAGUCAAAUUAGGGGUUUAAUUUGACAGCUGCAAAAUAUGCGUCAGCAAAGCUAGAGCCUAGAUUUUAGGCUACAAAAUUCGCGUCAGCUAAAGUUGAUCCCAGAUUUCGAGCUACAAAAUAUGCGUCAGCAAAGCUAUAGUCUAGAUUUUGAGCUACAAAAUUUGCGUCAGCUAGUAAACCUACAGAAAAGACGUCAGCAAAAGUUAAGCCUUGUUUUUGAUCUACCAAGUUCGCUUCAGCAUCUCAGGGCUACAAAAAAGACGCCAGCAAAUCCUGAGCCCAGAUUUUGAUCUACCAGAAAUGCGUCAGCUAAAGUUCAGCCCAUAUUUUGAUCUACAAAAUAUGCGUCAGCUAGUAAACCUACAGAAAAUGCGUCAGCUAAUGUUGAACCCAUAUUUUGAUCUACAGAAAAUGCGUCAGCAAAAGUUAAGCCUUGUUUUUGAUCUACCAAAUUCGCUUCAGCAUCUCAGGGCUACAAAAAAGACGCCAGCAAAUCCUGAGCCCAGAUUUCGAUCUACCAGAAAUGCGUCAGCCAAAGUUGAGCCCAGAUUUUGAUGUACAGAAAAUGCGUCAGCAUCUCAGGGCUACAGAAAAGACGUCAGCAAAUCCUGAGCCCAGAUUUUAUUCUACCGAAUUUGCGUCAGCAAGUAUACCUACAGAAAAUGCGUCAGCUAAAGUUAAAUCCAGCUUUUGAGCUACCGAAUUUGCGUCAGCAAAGUAUACCUAUUUUAAAUACGUCAGCUAGACUUUAACCUACCAAAUCCGUGUCAACCAUAUUUGGUAGAUCAAAAAACAUCUGCUGGCGCAUUUCCGGUGCCCCAAAAAAUCACGAGCUAAAAAAGAGUACAAAAAACAGAUUAGUUAUAUUUUUUUGACUACAUUUUUUGUAUCUGAAAAAUUUUCAGUUUUCUGAAAUUUUCAGUUUUUUUCUCUGAAAAAAAUGUACAGCCAAAGAAUGUACAACCAGCGAUUUUACGGUCCAAGAAUGGCCACUCAAACGCAGGUUUUUGUGUCCUGCGAGACUGUAGUUAGGCUAAGAAGACCGGUGAGUAUUACUGUAGCUAACUAGAGUCUAGUUUGAUUCGGGGCGGGAAAAACAAAAAUUUGAAUUUUUUCAGAAUGGCGCCACUGUUGAGGAGGGCAAACCGCACGUGACGUCAUCGUUAUUACGAGAUACAGGUUAGUGAAAGGGACAUAAUUGGCUGCGUACGCAUUAGAUACUCAGCCAAAGAAAGAGAGAUUUUUUGGCUGCGUAUCUUGGGCAUUAGAUACUCAGCCAGUUCAUUUAAUUUGACUGCGUACCUCAACAUUUGAUACUCAGGUCAAAAUCAUCGUCCAACGCACUCAUUUUCACCAAAAUUCAUCCGGGUCUUUUUCGCUUUUCUCAUUUUUGCUCUUCUCAUCUCAACCUUUGCCAUUGCCACGUGGUAUCAUUGGAAAAACGCACGUAAGUACACGCGUCGCGGCUACCGUACCCUCAAUAUGUUACUGUUGCAGCCUGCACAUCAAAAUCGUGUGUGAUGACGUCAUCGCGAAUUUUGCAAAAUAUCGAUUGGCAAACGUCGCCUUGCGAUGAUUUCUAUCAAUUCUCGUGCGGAAAUUGGAUAAAUCAAAGUGUGAAUCUGAAAUUUGACUCGUGGAAUAUGUUGUAUGAGACGCAGACAAAAGCACACGAUAAAAUUGUGAAUGCGAUUGGAAAAAGUGAGCCGGGAGGGAUUUUUUUUGGAAUUUUUGAAAAAUAUUGAUUUUGAGCCGAGUUCUGGAGCUCUCAGGAUUAGGAUUUUGUGAAAAUUAGACUCAGAAGUUCGAGAGGAAUCCAAAACUUUUCGAAUUUUCGAAAAAGCUUUAUUUUGAGCCGAGUUAUGAGCUCUAGAAGGGCCUAAGCUUGAAAUUCAAAUUUUUUUAAAGCUCCUGAACUUUCUGAGCUUCUAACAUUGCUCAGGAUAAAGAUUUUCUAUAGAUUCUGAUUUAUUCAAUCUCCAUAGGUCCAGAGGAAUCCAAAACUUUUCGAAUUUUCGAAAAAUCUCAAUUUUGAGCCGAGUUAUGAGCUCUAGAAGUUCCUGAGCCUAAUAAAAUUUAAAAAUACAAAUUCCCCGCCAUCUACCACCGCGCGGGGACACCAUUUCCCUCUCUGCGUCUCUCAUAAUCACCUACUCUCUAGCCCUGAUCAUAACUUGGCUCAAAAUCAAUAUUUUUGAAAAAUUCGAAAACCACGGGAUUCCCCAAAUUUUCUUCUCUAACCUGAGCAAUUACAGUAAUCGACGAGACGUUUCCUGUGCCUUUAAAUUCGGGCGAAAAAGCGACGGCCGUUUUGUUCAAGCAGUGCACGGAUUUGGAGAAAUUGCAGCAAAUUGGCAUUUCCACGUGGAAACGAUUUGUUGAUGUGGGUUUUUUGAAAUUUGGCUGCGUACGUUAGAUACUCAGCGUCAAUUUAGCUGCGUACCUUGCACAUUAGAUACUCAGCCAAACAGAUUUUUCCAGGAAAUCGGCGGUUUUCUACCGGAAUUAAUUUCGGGAUUCCAAACACGGUACAUUUCGGAUGACACUGAAAUCGAAGAUGUAAUUUUGACUUCGUUCAACUACUCAGUUUUUGCACUUUUUUGGGCUGGAGUUGAAGUAAAUGAGAGGAAUUCCAGUGAAUAUAUCAUUUCGGUGGGUUUUUUGGGGAUUGCUCAUGUUAUAGUUUUUGAAUUUUUCGAAAAUUUGGAUUUUGAGCCAAGUUAUGAUCAGGGCUAGAGAGCACGGGAUUUUGAGAGACGCAGAGAGAUAUGGUGUCCCCGCACGGUGGUAGAUGGCGGGGAAUUUGAAAAUUUUGAAAUUUUGAAACUUCUAGAGCUCAUAACUUUGCUCAAAAUUGAGAUUUUCGAGAAAUUCGAAAAGUUUUGGAUUCUACUGGAACUCACAAGCUUGAAAAUUCUCGAAAUUUUGGAAAAUCCUGAUUUUGAGCAAAAUUAGGAGCCUAAGAUGUUUAGGAACUUAAAAAAAUUCGAAAUUGAAGCUUAGGAACUUCUAGAGCUCAUAACUUUGCUCAAAAUCAAAAUUUUUCAGAAAUUCGAAAAGUUUUGGAUUCUACUGGAACUCCCAAGCUUGAAAAUUUUAAGGUUUCAGAAAAUCUUCAUUUUUAGCAAAAUUAGAAGCUCGGGAAGGUCAGGAACUUGAAAAAAUGCGAUUUUUCGAGUCUUCUGACUUCUAGAGCUUGUAACUUUGCUCAAAAUUGAGAUUUUUGAAAAAUUCGAAAAGUUUUGGAUUCCUCUGGAGCUCCUAAGCUUGAAAAUUCUCGAAAUUCUGGGAAAUCCUGAUUUUGAGCAAAAUCAGGAGCUCAGGAACUUCAGGAGCUUUGAAAAAUUAGAAUUUGAAGCUUAGGAACUUCUAGAGCUCAUAACUUGGCUCAAAAUCAAGAUUUUUCGAAAAUUCGAAAAGAUCUGAGCUCCCAAAUUCAAAAUCUUGAAAUUCUUCAGAUCUACGAGCAAAUGCCGCUCCUCCUCCGCCCCGAACUCUACACCUCAAAAAUCGAAGUGACACCCGAGAAAAUCUUCAACCGAGAUCCCGAACUUCCACAAGUUCUACCCGUAAUCUACGAAAUCGCUGAAGACAUCGCAAAACUUUUGAAUUUCGACGUGGAAAACGAGGAUGUGAAAAUGAUGUUGGCGAAUUUGAUACAUUUGGAUUAUGCGAUUACGGUUUCUGGAAUGACGGCUUAUAAGAAUCAGAAGGAUCGAUAUGAGAUUGUGACGAUUAAUGAUUUGCAGAAAAUUGCACCGGUGGUGAGUUUUUUAAAGUUCUGAGGGCUAGGAAUCUUGUGGUUCUGGAAUUUUUCAAAAAUACUAAUUUUGAGCCAAGUUAUGAGCUCUAGAAGUUCCUGGGCUUGAAAAUCGGAUUUUUUCAAGUUCCUGAACUUCCUGAGCUCCUAAUUUUGCUCAAAAAUAAGAUUUUCGAAGCCGUGAAAAUUUUUUAAGCUUGGGAGUUCCAGCGAAAUCCAAAACUUUUCCAAUUUUUUGAAAAUUCUGAUUUUGAGCAAAGUUAUGAGCUCUAGAAUUUCCUAAGCUUGAAAUUCGAAUUUUUUCAAGUUCCUAAACUUCCUGAGCUCCUAAUUUUGCUCAAAAAGAAGAUUUUUGAAGCCUUAAAAAUUUUUCAAGCUUGGGACUUCCAGCGGAAUCCAAAACUUUUCGAAUUUUUAAAAAAUCUCAAUUUUGAGCCAAGUUAUGAGCUCUAGAAGUUACUGAGACUAAAAAAAUUUAAAAAUACAAUUUUCCCGCCAACGACGAGAGAGUGCAUGAUUUUUAGAGACCAUCUACCACCGUGCGGGGACACCAUUUCUCUCUGCGUCUCUCAAAAACCUGUGUUCUCUAGUCCUGACUUUUUGAGCUCAUAACUUGGCUCAAAAUCAAGAUUUUUGAAAAAUUCGAAAACCAUCAAAAUUUUCCAGAUAAAUUGGCGCUAUUUUCUGAGCACACUUCUCGGAACUCAACUAAAAUCCCACGAACAAAUCGCUCUGAAAACCGGCGUCGAAUGGAUCGCAAAAUUGUCGAGAAUCAUUGAAAAUCUCAAACGGACCCGCGAAGGCGUGGCAAUUGUCAAAAACUAUGUGAAACUCAAAUUGAUCUUCUUCCAUUUGUCCUAUGUUUCGCCAAAGACAAAUGAUGGUAGCACACUUUGGGUGAGUUUGCCACGUGGAAAAUCGUGUUCCUCGUUAAAUUUGGAGUUUUUUGAUAUAAUUUGGAGUUUUUUGAUAGUCUAGGGUUUUGAAUUUUUCAAUUUGGCGCCAAAAAUCCACCAAACCUUAUCAAGUUGGGUGUCAAAAUGCCCCAAAUUCGCUGAAAAUUUCAAAAUUUUUUCCAGAAUGCCGUGCGAAUUUACAGCGGUGAUCCGAACAAACGAAAAGAGUUUUGUAUUCUGAGAUUAUCUGGAAUAUUUCCACUAUCACUUCCAUCGAUUCUGCGAAAACUUGAUGGAAUUUCGAAAAGUGAUGAGAAUAAGAAAAUGGUUGAGGAAAUGGCUGAAAAUAUUCGGGUGUCCUAUAAAAAUGUGCUGGAAAAUGGCGAGACGCUGAAAGAUGAGAAGACGAGGGAUUUGGUGGUGCAGAAGGUGAGCUGGGGCUCAUUUUGAGUCAAAAUUCAAAAAAAAAAAUAAAAAUUUGAAUAUUUCAAAAAAAUGGGGAGAUUUCAAUGGGGCGCGUUUGCUAUUUUUGAUCAAUUUUGGGUGAAAAAUGGACGUUUUUCAUGAUUUUCAGCUUAUUUUAGGCCGAAAUUCGAAAUUUCCACAUUUUUAAGCCUAAAAUUCGUCAGAGUAAAAAAAUAAAAAUUUGAAUAUUUCAAAAAAAUGGGGAGAGUUCAAUGGAGCGCGUUUGCUAUUUUUGAUCAAUUUCGGCUUGAAAAUAAACAUUUUUGAUCAUUUUCAGCGAAAAUUCAAGUUUUCUAAUUGAUUUUCAUUGAAAUUCUCAAUUUUGAACAUUUUCAGACCUAAAAUUCAUCAAAAUAAAAAAAAUAAAAAUUUGAAUUUUUCACGAAAACGGGGAGAUUUCAAUUGAGCGUGUUUGGUAUUUUGAUUGAAAAUAAACAUUUUUCAUGAUUUUCAGCUCAUUUUCAGCGAAAAUUCAAGUUUUCGAAUUGAUUUUCAUUAAAAUUCUCAAUUUUUGGCUAUUUUCAGACCUUUUAUUCAUCAGAGUAAAAAAAAAUAAAAAUUUGAAUUUUUCAAAAAAACGGCGAGAGUUCAAUGGGGCGCGUUUGCUUUUUUUGGUUCAAAACGGGCAUUUUUCAUGAUUUCCAGCUUAUUUUCAGCACAAAUUCAAGUUUUCUACCCGAUUUUCAGCGAAAAUUCUCAAUUUCCACGAAUUUAGACCUCUUAUUCAUCAUACCCGAAAAAAAAUAAAAAUUUGAAUUUUUCACAAAAACGGGGAGAUUUCAAUGGAGCGCGUUUGCUAUUUUUGGUUAAUUUUUGAUUGAAAAUGGGCAUUUUUUAUGAUUUUCAGCUUAUUUCAAGCCAAAAUUCGAAAUUUCCAUGAUUUUAGAUCUAAAAUUCAUCAUAACAAAAAAAAUAAAAAUUUGAAUUUUUCACGAAAACGGGGAGUGUUCAAUAGAGCGCGUUUGCUAUUUUUAUUCAAUUUUGGGUAUAAAACAGCCAUUUUUCAUGAUUUUUGGGUCAUUUUGCAUGAUUUUUCAUGGAAUUUCUUAAAUUUUCACCAAUUUUGCCGCCAAAAAGCACCAAAUCCCCAAAAAAUCCAAAUUUUUGCAGAUUUCCAACGCCACAAUUCACAUUGGCUACCCCGAUAAAAUGCUAGAUGACAAUGAGAUGAACCGAGAAGCCCUGAGAUUAGGCUCCGAAUUUUUCUGGUCCAUGGUUUUCGGCGCCUCCACCGUAUACCGUGAAAAAUUGAACCGGCUCAGAGAGCCCGUGCAAACCGGUGAUUGGCUCGACACAUUUCCAGCAAUUUCACUUCCCGUCCAUAAUCAUGAGAGAAAUAUGAUACAAAUUCCGUUUGAUGCAAUGCGAUGGCCGUAUGCGGAUACUGAACAGAUGGAGUGAGUUAGCGCAAGUUGUUGGGUGGGAAAUUUGGAGCUUUUUGAUAUACAGAUGUCUGGGGGUUUCUUUUGAUGGCCUAGAAAUCCAAAAAAUUAAUUUUUAAGCUCAUUUUUAGCCAAAACUCAAGUUUUCUAUGAUUUCAGACCUGAAAUACAUCAAAACAAAAAAAAAUGAAAAUUUGAAUUUUUCAAGAAAACGGGGAGUGUUCAAUGGAGCGCGUUUGCAAUUUCGGGGUUAAAAUUGUCAUUUUCAGGAAUUUUGGUUGAUUUUCAGCCAAAAUUCAGGGUUUCUAGCUAAUUUUCAUCAAAUUUCCAAUUUUUGAACAUUUUCAGACCUAAAAUUCAUCAUAAUAAAAAAAAAUGAAAUUUCAAAUUUAAAAAAAAAACGGAGAGAGUUCAAUAGAGCGCGUUUGCAAUUUCGGGGUUAAAAAUUGACAUUUUUCAGGAAUUUUGGGUUAGUUUCAGCCAAAAUUCAAGUUUUCUAUGAUUUCAGAGCUAAAAUUCAUCAAAACAAAAAAAAAUUAAAAUUUGAAUUUUUCAAGAAAACGGGGAGAGUUCAAUGGAGCGCGUUUGCUAUUUUUGGUUCAAAAUGAGCAUUUUUCAUGGAUUUUCGGAUAUUUUCUAGUCAAAAUUCAAAGUUUCUAUGAUUUCAGAGCUAAAAUUCAUCAUAACAAAAAAAAUGAAAAUUUGAAUUUUUCAAGAAAACGGGGAAAGUUCAAUGGAGCGCGUUUGCAAUUUCGGGGUUAAAAUUGACAUUUUUCAUGGAUUUUUGGAUAUUUUCUAGUUAAAAUUCAAAAUUUGCAUGAUUUUAGACCAAACAUUCAUCAUAACAAAAAAAAAUAAAAAUUCAAAUUUUUCAAAGAAAUGGGGAGAGUUCAACGGAGCGCGUUUGCUAUUUUUCAUGAAUUUUGGUCAAUUUUCAGCCAAAAUUCAAUCAAAUUUUGUGAAACACAGAUUAGUUUCAGCUAAACAUCACGGGAAAACACAUGGCCUAGAAAUCCAAAACAUUUUCCUCUUCCAGAUUCGCAAAUUACGCCGGUGUCGGUUCUCAAAUCGGUCACGAACUCACCCACGGUUUCGACUCGAUCGGCCGUCUCCACGGCCCAACCGGAAAUCUCGGCCACACCUCCUGGUACACACCCGAAUCCGCCCGCGCCAUCCUCCAAAAAGAGCAAUGCUUCAUCAAUCAAUACGCGUCGCUAAGCGGUGGCCGCGCGGCAGACGCGGCAAACGGUCUCUACGAAAAUGUGGCGGAUCAUGUGGGGUUGCGUGUGACGUAUGAGGCGUGGCGCGCGGCGGUUUCCGCAGAGCGCCGCGCGGAGAAAAUGGUCGGCGGGUUGGAGGAGAUGACGCAAGAUCAACUGUUUUUUGUCGCGUAUGCGCAGGGUUGGUGUGCGUUGAAGGCGAAUUUGGUGAGAGGUGUGCAUAUGGAGGAGAAGAUACGGUAAGUUGCAAUUUUGCGGCACGGUUUUGGGGGCGGGGGCGGGGCUUAUGCAAUUUUGCGGCAUACUUUUACCCAAAUUUUCAUUCCAGAAUCCUGGGAAGCCUGCAAAAUUCUCCCGAAUUCGCCGAAGCCUGGAAAUGUCCCGCCGACUCCUUCAUGAACCCCAAAACAAAGUGUAAUUUCUGGUAACUUUGAUUUUUUUACCUCUUUUUUUUCUUUUGUCCCCUAGUCAUUUAUUGAUCUCUCUUCCCUCCCAAAAACAUUCCGAAAAUAAAAAUUUUGUCCUGUUUUUUUUGGUCGUGUUUUAUUUGAAUUUGAAAUUGAUACGUUAUCAGUUUCAUAUAAAAAAUGUCUUUUUUCUCCAAGAUUUCUCUGGCAUUACUCAUAUUAUACUUUUAUUUUCCCCUAGUUUCCCCUAUAAAAUGCUAUCUGGGAAGCAUUAUAAAAUCCAAAAAUUUCAACACUCAAUAUCUGGAGAUUAUCGAUUGCCCAACUUCGCUCUAUUGCUACAAGUAAGCGCGGGAAUUUCAAAAAAUUAAAAAAAAACAUUUUUUUUUCUCAAGGAAUUUCACCUACGCUCAUGACAACUAUUAUGCAGCAAGUUAUAGUUGCGGUGAUAUUUAUUGCUAUCAACCAAAAUGCGAAUAUGACGGAGAUUCGGGAACUUGUUGUUGUACCACUGAUUUGUGCAAUUCACGGGGUUUUUCAAGUGUUUUCCUGGUUUUCAUUGUGAUUUUGGGAGUUUUCAACAGAUAA